AUGGAACAAGCACCAUCAGAACAACAUAUGGAGGUGGGGGAACCUUCAUCCUCUCUUCCGCCACAUUUAAGUGAGAUGGGACAGGGAAACUAUGAAACUAGUGAAGGUGUCCAACAACAGCAGGAGCAAAGUGAGAAUAUCACCACUGAAGAAAUCGAUGAUAGCGCUGAAGUGAUCCAUGAUGACCCUACAGAGCCUCGUCCAAAUGCAUUGCUUCUAAGGGGGGUUGAAUCAUUAGAUACACGUGCUAUUAAGUACUAUGUGGAUGCAUAUGUAAAACCGGGAUACAGUUUUGCAAAUAGAGAUCUAUUUGCCAUGUUUAACUACAAAUUGGAGUGGGUGAACGACGAAUCGAUCAAUAUAGUUUUUAUCUCUGGAGAACAAGCCCCUGAGGGAGCUCAGGAGGCUCUUAAGCGUCUAACGGACGAUUCGGUUGAUUUGGAUAGUCUUACUCCCACAGACGAGAGGUCUGCCAAACCAUUCCAAAAAGAGAAGGACGAUAAAGAAUCUAAUGAGACCGCCGAUACUGGAUUUGUAUUAGCGGCACCACAGCCGGAUGACUUCAGGCUGACUGUUCGACAGAGUUUUUACGGGGACAGAAAGGUGAAGAAUGCUAGAAUCUACUCCAGAUAUUACUUAAUGCACGGUCAGCCGGACAAAGCUGAGAGAUUGCCUGUUGCCAAGGAUAGAAUGCAUGGUAAAAGAUUUGGUUAUCAUGAUUAUAGUAAGGACUUAAUCACAGGUGAAGAGCCUGAGCCCGAGCUUCUGACUAGAGAUGAGGAGGGACAUGGUAUAUUAUCGGGCAUUAGAGACUCGAGGCAUGAAAUAGGAGUGAGACGAAGAAAUAGAGGGCGGGGUAGGGGAAGAGAAAGAUUCAGAAGGUAUGGCGAUGAUAGAUACAGAUCAUCCAGAGACGAUGGCGAGUAUCGAAGAGAAAAAGCAGAUCAGGAUGACUUGUUUCCAGAUUUCUUUAAGAGAAAGGAGGAAGACAGAGAGAGAGAACAGUCUCCAUCUCGAAUGGAUGAGUAG